AUGCAUCCACGUGCCGCGGAGGGCGGGUCGGCCCCCUUCUACGUGGAGUUCGGUGCCCGUAAGCCCGGGAUGCUGAACUCGGCGGCCUUGCGGGAGUUCUGCUCCUGGGAUGGCAUCUUGCUGGACUCGCAGCCCGGCGAGACGCCCCAUGGCGGCUGUCGUGACUGCCCUGGGGUGGCCGACAUAGUUCGCACGGAGUUCGUGACAGCGGAGAAUGUUGUGGAGCUCUUUGUGAAGCACGGGGUUCCCAAGGACUUCGACCUCCUCACCGUGGAUACGGACUACAACGACUACUGGAUCUGGCGUGCCCUCCUCGAAGAUGGUACGUUCCGACCCCGGGUCGUAGCCGUGGAUUUCAACCCGGAUCUUCCGCUCGACGAGGCGAAGGUCGUGAAGUAUUCAGCCAUGGCGGAGUGGGACGGAAGCAUCUACACCGUAGGCUCCUUGUUGGCCUAUGCGCUGAUGGCCCAGAGCUUCGGCUACUCUUUCGCGUACGCGCUGGAGAUGGGCUCGCACGCCUUCUUCGUCCGCUCGGACUUGCUGCACGAGGAGGAUCGCGCGCUGCCGCUGCGGAAUGUCAAGAAGAACUCGCAUCCGCCGGACCCCGAGAACCGCCAGUUUGUGGAUGUGCUCUAUGACUUCAUCCCAGGCGCCGCGCGGAAGUGA